AAUACGCAUCCAAAUGAAAAGAACGCCAGUCCUUUCGCUAAUCCUUGUCUAUCCUUUUUAUCUCGGGACUCAUAGCAGUCUGAUCACUAUGGGACAGGGAUGCGGCGGGACAAAGCCAUGCGGAGGAUAUUCCUGUAGAUGACUGAAAAAAAGGGGGUUCUUGGACUUCAGAGGGCGCAAAUUGGGCGCAUGUAGACAAGCUGCGUAUGCGUAAAAGUGGGCCAAAAUGUUCCUCGUCCUGCUCCUGGGGCUCUAUGUGGCCGCAGGGGAACUUCUCUCCUCUGUGCGCUCCUGCCCUUCGCAGUGCAGCUGCUUUUACCACAACCUAAGUGAUGGAUCCAAGGCCAGGAGCGUGAUUUGCAAUGACCCCGAGAUAUCUCUUGUGCCUGUCGGGUUCCCUGUUGACACCUCCAAGCUGCGGAUUGAGAAGACGGCCAUCCAACGGAUACCAAGCGAAGCCUUUAACUACCUCUCCAGUCUGGAAUUCCUGUGGAUGUCUUUCAACACACUGUCCGCCUUGAACCCGGACAGUUUCCGGGGACUCAUCAACCUGGAAGAGCUUCGCCUGGACGGGAACGCCCUCACCGCUUUUCCUUGGGAAUCUCUCAUGGAUAUGCCCAGCCUAAGACUUCUGGAUUUGCACAACAACCAGCUCACCUCGUUGCCCACGGAGGCCACAACGUACAUCAAGAACCUCACUUACCUGGAUCUGUCCAGCAACAACCUGCUGACCCUGCCGACAGAGGUGCUGUCCACCUGGCUGUCGGCAAAACCUACGCAAGGUCCAGAGAGCUCCAAAAUGAUUCUUGGUCUCCAUGACAACCCCUGGGUCUGUGACUGUCGACUCUAUGACCUGGUCCAGUUUCAGAAGUCUCCAACGCUUUCAGUGGCGUUCAUCGACACACGGCUCCGCUGCUCAGCCCCAGAGAGUGUGUCUGGGGUCCUGUUCAGCGAUGCAGAGCUUCGGCAAUGCCAACUUCCACGCAUCCACACUGCUGUGGCACGUGUCCGCAGUGCUGUUGGAAACAAUGUGCUGCUAAGGUGUGGGACUAUUGGAGUGCCUAUCCCAGAUCUAACAUGGCGUAGGGCAGACGGACGGCCCCUUAAUGGAACAGUUCAGCAGGAAACCUCAAAGGAGGGAAUCACCUGGUCCAUCCUGAGUGUCUCAGCUGUGUCCUAUCGUGAUUCAGGGAAAUACAUUUGCAAAGCCUCAAACUACGCAGGGAACGCAGAGGCUGUCAUUUCCCUCAUUGUUUCCAACUCACCAAAACUGGAUGGAAACCAAACAAGCAGCACUGACAAGAAGGCCAAGGUGAAGAAACCCAAUCCAAUGGGCAAAGCUGCCUAUCAGGAGAAACUGGUGGCCAGAUACGUGGUCCCAACCACCACCUCUCCAUCACUGCCCACUCUGGAUCCUGGGCUCCCACCUGGUCUUGGGUCAGCAUUAGCAGUAGCCAGCUACAGCCUGGCUGACAAAGUUACCCCUGGGCCUGCCACCUCCUCCAACCCUGAUGCACUGCUGGACCUGGAGAAGACCAAUCUAAGCAACCUGGCAGCAAACACAUCAUCCCUGCAGCAGGACCCAGACAGGGUGGUGCGCUCAGUCAAAGUUGUGGGGGACACAGACAAUACCAUUUCUCUGAACUGGAGAGCUCCAAAGGCAAAGAACACAACAGCGUUCAGUGUGUUGUAUGCUGUGUUCGGAGAAAGAGACAUGAGGAAGAUCAAUGUCGGGGCAGGACAAACCCGUGUUACCAUCGAAGGGCUGGUGCCCAGGACCAAGUACAUUGCCUGUGUGUGUGUCCGUGGCUUGAUCCCCAAAAAGGAACAGUGUGUCAUAUUUUCUACUGAUGAAGCAGCUAGUGCCACGGGCACCCAGAAGCUGAUUAAUGUGAUUGUGAUCACAGUGGCCUGUAUCAUUGCAGUCCCACUCACUGUCAUUGUGUGUUGUGGGGCUCUGAAAAGACGCAUUCAGAAGUACUGGGGGAAGAAAUCAAAGGACAUCCAAGAUUCAUAUGUGACCUUUGAAACUCUGUCGCCUGGUACGAAAGCUAAAGGUCUGGAGGGUGAAUAUUUGAAUAGACUGAACCCAGAGGAAUCCAACAGACUCUUGUCAGCCCGUUCCAGCCUGGAUUCCGAGGCCACGGCUAAGAUUGAAGGACAGCCUAAUGAGUACUUCUGCUGACGUCAUGCUCCAGCUCCGGCUCCUGCUCCACGGCAUCUCCCUCGCACUCAUCCGCACGCUCAUCCUCAUCUGAACCUCGAUUCUACUUCGCAUGCUCAUCCACAUCACCACCCCACCCAUUCCCACUCCCACCCCCACCUCCACCCCCAUCCGUAUCCACAACACUACCCUUACCCUCACCCUCAGCACCAUCCUGACGUCAGUCCCCCUCCCACACGCUCCCAUACGCCCAUGCCGUGGGAUUCCCCCCCACCUGUCCCUCCUCGCUGGAUCAUGCCACCAACUCCACCACCACCGAGAGCCAGCUUCUAUCAAAGAACUUUCGCACGCUGUACCAUCAUGGAAAUAUCAGUUUAGAGAAUAUCUGACAUUUUAAUCAACUUGUUUUUCCAGAUAUUGUUAGAAUGUUUCUUGCAGAUAGAAUAAAACUUACCAGACUUGCACACAUAUUCAUAUAUUAUCACCAGUAUCAUUUAUGCACUAAUUCAGAUACUUAUCUUUAAAUGCCUAAAAGAAUGUUUUUUGUCACAAAGCCUGUAAGAUUAAAUAGCUGGAACUGAUCUUUAAUGGUUUUUUGCAUGGCCCAGCGAAGGAACCUCUGAAACCUGAUCUGAUUUAAAGGGAACUCUAAGUGGACGAUCUUCCAUUGUUUAUAUCAUAUAUGUACGUGUAUGAUUUGUAAAUACAUUUCAGGAUGGUGUACACUUACAUAUAGUAAGCCUGUGCCUCUGUAUAUAUCUGUCAUAAGUUCACAGAGUAGAUAUACACACAGGCAUGGUUUAACACUCCUAAUAAAUGGAGGAAAGCUGGAGCUGGAGAGAAGUACAGAGAGGACUGAACUAUGACACAAUGUAAAUAUGAUGGAGAUGAAAUGUGAAACUGAAAUUUCUAUUCCCAACAAAGACACACACACACACACACACGCACACACACACAAUGAAAUCUUUCUAUGUACCUGUUUUGUGCCACCUAGAGGCAUCACUACCCCAUUUAAUGUAGAUCUAUUCAUUCCAAUGGUAUAAAAUGAAUUUAGUGAAAUAAACUUUUAUAUUUACAUAUCCA